CUCAGUUGCCGUCAUAUGACGUAUGACGCAUUCUCGUCUAAUAAUCAACUACAAACUGUAUUUUACUUGCGAUUAAGGCGUAACCGGUGAAUUUAAGUAUAAUAUUUGCUAAAUCGUUGAAGAUAUAUAAAGCAGUAUUAUUUAAGUUUAACAAGGACAGUUACUAUACGAUAAAAAUAUGGCCGCACCGCCGAUUUACAGCCCGGUAAUACCAUGCGUCCAACCAAUUCCUGGGGGUAUGUACCCUGGCCGCAUGGUCCGUUUCCAAGGGAACGUUCCACCAGGAGGUCAAAGGUUUGCUAUCAACUUCCAAUGCGGCCCCAAUACGGACCCACGUGAUGACAUAGCCAUGCAUCUGAACUUCCGUUUCGUCGAGAUGUGCGUGGUCAGGAACCACUUGACGGCCAUGAACUGGGGCGUGGAGGAGACUAACGGUGGCAUGCCGCUGGUUAGGGGGCAGCCGUUUGAGGCUCUUGUACUUUGUGAUACUCAGUCAUUUAAGAUCGCUCUCAACGGCGUCCACUUCUGCGAGUUCCCUCACCGCCUGCCGUUCCAGCGCAUCUCCCACUUGACCAUCGACGGUGACGUGAUGAUGCAGUUCAUUGGCUUCGAAGGCGAACAGCCACCACCAAGCCAGAUGUAUAUGUCGGAACCGCCCGCGUACGGCGCGUACGGCGCCCCGCCCGCGUACGGCGCCCCCGGCUACGGAGCGCCGCAAGGUUUCGUGGGGGGGGCGCAGCCACAAGGCUACGGUACACAAUACGUGCAAGGCGAUCAGCGUCGUGGGCUCGGCACGGGCGCGGCCGUUGGGCUCGGUGUGGGCGCGUUGGCGGCCGGUGGGCUCGCGGGCUAUGCGAUGGCCGGCGGUUUCAGUAACGACAGUCCGCCUAGUGAGGUACAAGUUGCAGAAUUCGGUGGCGACGACUGGAUGGAAUAAACUCGCCUUCAUAUAAAUAAUACACUUAUAACUAAUAAGACGUAAAAAAAAUUAUUUAAAUACAUAGUUUUCUAUAAAGUAUUUUAAUAUUUCGUUGCAAAUAAAAUUGUGAUUAUAAUUCAUGUUAUGCUGGCGACUGACUUGCGAGUUUAGACGAAUGCGUUCG